AUGUCAGUUAGAGUGUCAGCUGUUCUUAAGUUUUGGACUAGGUCGGGCGUGCGCUCGGUUCUUCGUCUUUGCUCGCUCGUUUCUAACUUAGCCUGUCGCCACCAAGUCGAUCGUCGCGCCACCGUGCACAGCGCUGCCAGCACGCCUGUCGUUCUCCUCCUUGUGUCGUACUCCUCCCUUCACUCGUUUCUAAUCCAUACCACCGGUGCCAAGCAUGUCGGGAGCGCCACCGUGCAUAGCGCUGCCAGCACGCCUGUUGUUCUCCUCCCUGUGUCGUACUCCUCCCUUCACUCAUUUCUAAUUCAUACCAUCGGCACCAAGCAUGUCGGGAGCGCCACCGUGCUCCACCCAGUGCCGCUGUGGUCCUUUGCAGGCUUCUCGAGAUGGUGUCAGCCUUCGGUUGUUAAAGUUUGUAUCAAGAGGCAUAAAGGUUCAAAUCCAUAUCACCAGGAGAUUCUGUGCGGCGAGAAUGCGGCAGAAAAGUUGCUGGUGAAGGUGUGCCACAUGGGAGGAUGAUGAUGCUGAAGAAAAAUGAGUCGAAGCUUGACAGGUGAUCCGAAGCUGACUGAUGUCAAAAGCUGAAGACCUUGCUGGAAAAAUUUUAGAGAAAAAUCUUGUAAUAUCAUUGUAAAAAAUAUUUGUAAUUUAAGAAUCAGAUACUAAUUCUGUAAUUUGUGUAUACUUUGUAAUAUAUCUUUACCUUUUUGUCCAUGUAUUGAACUGCUUUGCUGUGGACGAAACUA